CGACGUGAACAAUUGGGUAUCAGCGAAAAAUGUGCCCAAGAUCUCAUCAAAGAGCAGCCGGUGAUUCACAUUUGUCUGUUCCGAUUGAGGCCACUCGGAAGAGUGACCGAUCCUCUGUUACACUGCAGCCUGGAAGUCGACAUCCCCGAGCAUCGCCUGGCUCAUCUUCAUCACACGAUGCCCGCACACGAUCGCUGCUUUCAUGUGAAUUUACGACGACCACCUUCUUAUCGUAUACCUCUGAAUACUUUCUUUCCCUAAUUUAUAUUCAGAUCUCCCUUCUUUUAAGCGCCUACCCCAAAAUUGUCUAUUUUUCAUAUUUUUCAUUGUUCGUGGGGAGGAGAGAGGAUGAAGGUCUAUGUGCAAGCACACCUUGAUGGUGCACUGCUUCACUGCUUCACUGCUCUACUACUGUUUAAACUGCGAAUUCUUUUUCCUAUGUUUCUCUUUUUCCCGUAUGUAGUUAGAUGUUUGGUGGUUUUUAGUAGUCUGUUUUUCAAUUUUCAUUUUCAUCACUGUUACGUAUUUUUAGCCUUUUCGUGUGGACGCGCUUUGCUGUGUGUGAACACGCUCUCCAUCUUCCAUAGUUCAACCUCGCCUUUUCGCGCAGUUGAUAGCAGAAUACUUUCAUUUUGAAGCCCUUGUACCACUUCUUGCCUUUCAACCCACCACAUUGCCAAUCACUCUUAUUCUAUUUCUUCUAUACUUUCUCGCAAGAUAGCAAAGUGGUGUACAGAAGAGCUUGGUGGCGCGACAAACAAGUACGGCGAAGGGAGCGCUCAAACAGAAAUAUCUUCCCCUCACCCAUAUUAAAUCUGCGGUAAAAUGCAACGCCCCUAAGCUUCUUAUAACUUUAAGGCUAUGUCGGCUAGAAAGAUUUAGUACAUAAUAUACUAGAGAAACCAACAUACAAUCCUGUAAACACAGUUU